AUGUGCGCGGGUGCCCGCUCGAGCCUCCCUGGUCAUAUAGUAGACAUCGGUCGAGUUUUGAGAGGUCUCAAGUGGGAAAUCGAUCUUCGUGCAUUAUCGCCACCGCUUCUUUCAGCACAAUCUACAAGCGACAAGGAAGAAGCAUUGUUAUUAUUGUAUCCGACAAAUUUCAGCUUCUAUGUAUACAUAGCUAUUGUCUGUGGACACUUUUUACAUUCUCCUUUGCAAGCCACAAUCUACCUAUGUGUUUAUUCGUCAUUGGCAUUCAUGGCCCUCUGGAGCCUGUUUUCCGUGCUGGCGUUCGGCGUAGCGAGGAUCCCCUCUCAAUGGACGGUACCAGCAGAGACAGAUGCUUUGCUUAAGCAGUGUACGCCAUUCGAAAACGGAAAAUACGUAGUAGAUAAGUCGACCCCUGAGCAGACAGUGAAACAACAUCGGAUUUUGACAAGAGUGGCUGCCCAGUUGGGAGUUGUGCAAGCUGAAUGCGAUCAGGCCGGGAGAAACAAGUCAGGGAAUCAUAACUUAAUCUUUAUGUACUGUUACAUAUGUCAAACGCUAAAGCCAGACCGAUCUCAUCACUGCUCGUCAUGCGGCAGAUGUGUGGUCAAAUUUGAUCAUCAUUGUCCUUGGAUAAAUCAAUGUGUUAACCACAACAACUACAAACCGUUUCUAUUGUAUAUAUUCUACAGUACUCUCCUUGUUUUGUGGUUCUUGCUGACUUCAAUCGAGUGCUUCAUAAGAUUCAUUAUAAACGCUGCCUGGUUGGACGAGGCCAUUCCUCUCGUCUUAUUGUUUAGUGUGAUCGCCAUGUUUGGCAUGUUUGGAUACUUUCCUCUCGGAGAAAUGCUUAUCUUCCACUAUGGACUGCUUUCAAUCAAUGAGACAACUUGUGAGCAAGCAAAACCUGCCGUAUUGAAAUUCGACUUCAAGGCAGACUACAACCUAGGCAGGGAGAAAAACUUUGAGCAGGUCUUUGGUUGGGGAUUGUGGUUCUUCCCUUUGAAAACCAGUCUUGAGGAUGGAAUGCACUUCGAAAUACGGUGA